AUCUCUUUCUUUCUUCCCCACAUCUCUCUCCUUCAAGGGCUUUGAAAACUUCUGGCUUUGUCCAACCUCUGAAGCAAAAGCCUCUCCUUUUCGUUUUUCCACAAAGUUUUUCUGCUGUUUCUCCACAUAAACCCGAGACUCAACCUUUUGCCUCCUAAAUUUUUAGUGCCUCUUCUUUUGAGUGAAGGGUUUGAGCUCCUCCACUUUCUCUCAGACUUCCACAUUACAGUGAUUCUCACCAGUUGCCCUUCUAGGCCUUAGUUCAGACCCCAAAGCAAGUCUCUACAAUCCUCCCCUGAGAAUUGAAUCAUAUAAAGCAUUGGAACUAAAAUUUUAAGCACACAUUAGAAAAAAAUGGUUGGUGGCAAACGAUAUGGUGCUUCUUCGGAUAUGAAUGCUGUUUUUCGACACGAAAGGCCUCCUUGCUCUUCUGAAGUUCUCGAGUCUCUUUGGAUUCCAACUUCAUCUUCAUCUUUUCAUGAUUCAAAUUCAAUGGUCAAUUUCAAAAAUGUUAGCGGUGGAGACUCCAUGAACAAGUCACUCUUCCAUAUUGAUAAAGAAGAAAAUGGAGAUGAUGAUUAUGAAGGUAGCCUUCUGCAUCAACCCGGAAAGAAAAGACGGCUUACAGUUGAUCAAGUUCAGUUUCUAGAGAAGAACUUUGAGCUAGAAAAUAAGCUUGAACCAGAUAGAAAAGUCCAACUUGCCAAAGAUCUUUGCUUGGAGCCUCGCCAAGUUGCAAUUUGGUUUCAAAACCGGCGGGCUCGGUUUAAGACCAAGCAGCUCGAAAAGGACUAUGACUCAUUGAGAGCUAGCUAUGACAAGCUUAAGGCUGAUCAUGAUAAUCUAAGAAAGCAGAAUGGAAAUUUGAAGAAUGAGAUUGAUUCCCUGAAGGACAAGUUGCUUUUGAGAGAGAAAGCAAGAGGGAAUUUGGAGUUAAAUGAUGAUGGAAUCAAUUCGCCAAAAAUGGAUACCCAAGUUGCUAUUCCAAAUAAUGCUGCUGAUGUUUAUGUGCCGAUUAUGGUAUGCAAGCAAGAAGAUGCAAGUUCUGCCAAAAGUGAUGUGUUUGACUCAGAUAGCCCGCAUUGCACUGAAAACCUUUCAUUGUUGUUAGAGCCUAGUACUACUGCUGAUUCCUCUCAUGGAUUUGAACCUGCUGAUCACUCAGAUUUCUCUCAAGACAAUGAAGAUGACAACAGCCUCACUAGAAGCUUUUUGCAUUUGCCCCCACCUUGCUUGUUGAAACUUGAAGAUAUCUGCUAUGAUGAUCCCCCUGCAAUUUCUAGUAAUUUCGAAUUAAACCCAGUGGAAGAUCAGCAUUAUGGUUUUUGGCCUUACUGAGAAGUUGUAUCGCACAUGAAAUCUUCUGCAAUUCUGGUAGUUUUGGGUUCCGUCUGGAAUAUCAACACAGCCCUUUUGUUUAAGGCCCCUCACUGGGAAGUGGGAACUACAUUUUGGAUUGCACUUUCUGCCCUGUAAUUACGGUUAACUAGCAAUAAACGAUUAUUAUGCCAGUGCUCUUGUUUCAUUUGGUUUUAGGCAGAUGCAACAUAGUUUUGUUAUGAGCUUGAGAUUUCAAAAUACAAAACUUUUGUUAUCAGCUUGAGAUUUCAAGUGUAC